AGUGGGUGAGUGGGGUGGCCCCUUCCUGGGACUGGAGUCUCCCGGCAGGGACAGGACCAACGUCCAGUAGGAGCCAGAUUCACCAUGAUUGAAGACAAGGAGAACAAAGAGCAUUCUUCAGAAAGGGGGAGAGUGGCCCUCAUUUUUUCCUUAAAGAAUGAAGUUGGAGGACUCAUAAAAGCACUGAAAAUCUUCCAGGAGAACCACGUGAACCUGUUACAUAUUGAGUCCCGGAAAUCAAAUCGAAGAAACUCAGAGUUGGAGAUUUUUGUUGACUGCGACAUCACCAGAGAACAGCUGAAUGACAUCUUUCCCCUGCUGGAGUCCCACACCACUCUCCUCUCUGUGGACUCCCCGGGUCAGCUCACUGUGAAGGAAGACGUUAUGGAGACUGUUCCUUGGUUUCCAAAGAAGAUUUCUGACCUGGACUUCUGUGCCAACAGAGUGCUGAUGUACGGAUCUGAACUCGACGCGGACCAUCCUGGCUUCAAAGACAAUGUCUACCGUAGAAGACGGAAGUAUUUUGCAGAGUUGGCUAUGAACUACAAACAUGGGGACCCCAUUCCCAAGAUUGAAUUCACAGAAGAAGAGAUUAAGACCUGGGGAACCAUCUUCCGAGAGCUGAACAAACUCUACCCGACCCAUGCCUGCAGGGAGUACCUCAGAAACCUUCCUCUGCUCUCCAAACACUGUGGCUAUCGGGAAGACAACAUCCCGCAACUGGAGGAUGUCUCCAACUUUUUAAAAGCAUGUACAGGGUUUUCCAUCCGUCCUGUGGCUGGUUACCUCUCACCAAGAGAUUUCCUGUCAGGGUUAGCCUUCCGAGUCUUUCACUGCACGCAGUAUGUGAGACACAGUUCAGAUCCCCUCUAUACUCCAGAGCCAGAUACCUGCCAUGAACUCUUAGGUCAUGUUCCUCUCUUGGCUGAACCCAGUUUUGCUCAAUUCUCCCAAGAAAUUGGCCUGGCUUCCCUUGGAGCUUCAGAGGAGACUGUUCAAAAACUGGCAACGUGCUACUUUUUCACUGUGGAGUUUGGUCUGUGCAAACAAGAUGGACAGCUGAGAGUCUUCGGUGCCGGCUUGCUUUCUUCCAUCAGUGAGCUCAAACAUGCGCUUUCUGGACAUGCCAAAGUUAAGCCCUUUGAUCCCAAGGUUGCCUGCAAGCAGGAAUGUCUCAUCACAACCUUCCAGGAUGUUUACUUUGUGUCUGAGAGCUUUGAAGAUGCAAAGGAGAAGAUGAGAGAAUUUACCAAAACUGUAAAGCGCCCAUUUGGAGUGAAGUACAAUCCGUACACUCAGAGUGUUCAGGUUCUGCGAGACGCCAAGAGCAUAGCCAGCGCUGUGAAUGAGUUGCGGUAUGACCUCGAUGUCGUCAGUGAUGCCCUCACUAAGGUCAGCAGGCAGCCCAGUGUGUGA